CGUAAGCGGCAUUGUUCAUUGUUCACACACUUGUCUUUCUUUCUCAAGUUUUUAAGUCCCAACCCUUUUUCGUUCAUUCGCUGUUUCCUAUAUUGGCGCGAGGAAGAAGGAAAACCUUUUUUUUCUUCCUUCGUUUAUUAUUUUGUGAAAUACAAACAUGUUUCUCCUCGGAGACACCCUUUUCAUUACUUGAACACUCAGUUAGCUCAUAAUGUUCGUUUCGCCAUUGUUGUAGCUUCAGUCACGGUCUGUUGUAUACCCUUUUGGUCCCUUUUAGAUUUUGUUGAUUUUCCGGUUGCAAUUCGUGAGAUCUGCGGUUGGCGGUGUUGUGUGGGGGCUUCAUUUGAGGUUUCUGGAUUUGGGUUUUGAAAAAGUUGAGAUUUUUUUUACUUCUGGGUUUUGGAGAUGAAGGUUGAGGUGGGGUUGGGAGGGUUGUGGAAUGAAGAUGAGAAAGCGAUGGUGGUGGAGGUUCUCGGAAGUAGUGCUUUUGAUUACUUGGUUGUGAAUUCGGUUUCGAAUGAGAAUUUGUUAAUGGCGUUUGGGAGUGGCGAGAAUCUGCAAAACAAGCUUUCGGAUCUUGUGGAACGCCCCAACGUGUCUAACUUCAGUUGGAACUAUGCGAUCUUUUGGCAAAUUUCGCAGUCCAAGUAUGGUGAAUGGGUUUUGGGUUGGGGAGAUGGGUGUUGUAGGGAGCCAAGGGAGGGAGAAGAAGGUGGAGGAGUGAGAGGGGUGUUGAACCUUUGUGUUGAGGAUGAGAAUCAGCAGAGGAUGAGGAAGAGGGUGUUGCAGAAGCUGCACACAACGUUUGGGGGUUCUGAUGAGGACAAUUAUGCUUUUGGGUUGGACCGUGUUACGGAUACUGAGAUGUUCUUUCUUGCUUCCAUGUACUUCUCUUUUCCUAGUGGACAUGGUGGUCCAGGUAAGUGUUUUGCUUCUGGGAAGCAUUUGUGGCUCUCUGAUGUCUUGAAAUCUACUUCUGAUUACUGUGUGCGGUCAUUUUUGGCCAAAUCUGCUGGAAUUCAGACAAUUGUUUUGGUCCCUACUGACUUGGGUGUGGUGGAGAUGGGUUCUGUGAGAAUGGUGGGAGAGAGCUUUGAGUUGUUGCAGGUUGUGAAAUCUGUGUUUUCUGCACAGUCAUCAUUCUCCGCAGUUAAGCCCAUUGCACCAUUGGAUGUGGUGAAUGAAAAGAGAGAUGAGAAUGGUCUUCUUUCUGGUUUGGCAAUUGGUGACAAUAAUAGUAAUAGUGAGAGUCAUAACGGUAAUAGAGUAGAGGGAAUUGGAGUUCAUAAGAUUUUUGGGCAGGAUUUGAAUUGUAUGAAUCAAUUCAGGGAGAAACUUGCUGUUAGGAAAAUGGAGGAUAGGUCAUGGGGAGGUCAUACCAAUGGGAAUAGUAUUAGCUUUCCAAAUGGUAUACAUGGUUCUAGUUUGGGAGGAGGUCGAGUUGCGAGGCAGCCUGGUCCUAUUGAAAUUUUUACUCCUAGGUCCUCUACAAGCAAUGUGCCGGAGCUAGCUAAUGGCGGGAGGGUGGGUUUCAUGCAUGACAAGUAUCAGCAGCAACGGCAGGUGCAAAUGCAAAUUGAUUUCUCGGGAGCCAUGUCAAGGCCUUCCGUGGGAUCGGUCAUUGCUGAAUCUGAGCUUUCUGAUGUUGAGGCCUCGUGCAAGGAGGAGAAACCAAGUGUCGCCGAUGACCGGAGGCCAAGGAAGCGGGGAAGAAAGCCGGCUAAUGGAAGGGAAGAACCUCUUAAUCAUGUUGAGGCAGAGAGGCAAAGGCGUGAGAAGCUGAACCAGCGUUUCUAUGCUUUACGAGCUGUUGUGCCAAAUAUCUCUAAGAUGGACAAGGCAUCACUGUUGGGAGAUGCAAUUGCUUACAUCAAUGAGCUUCAAGCAAAGCUCAAGACCAUGGAGUCCGAGAGAGAGCAAUUUGGAAGCACCUCUAGGGAUGGAUCAGUAUUGGAGGCCAAUUCAAGAGCAGAAAAUCAUCAUAAUAGAGCUCCUGAUGUGGAUAUUCAAGCUGCACAAGAUGGAGUCAUUGUAAAUGUGAGCUGCCCCAUCGAUGUUCACCCGGUUUCAAAAGUCAUUCAGACAUUGAAAGAGGCAGAAAUUGGUGUUGUUGAGUCAAAACUCACUGCUGCAAACGAUACUGUCUUGCACAACUUCGUCAUUAAAACGCAAGGACAUGAGUAUCUGACAAAGGAGAAGUUGGUCGCUUUAAUUUCCAGAGAAUCGAACUCCUUACAGCCAUUAUGAUCUGGUGCAUAGCAUAGCCAUGGAAAUCACAAUUAACAGUUCAUAGCCACGAUACAUAGGGAACAACCUAAUAUCUACAUCAUCCUCAAAAGUUUUGUUAUACAAAAGAGGAUCUAAAAGAAAAGCAGCUGGAAUUAGAGAAGUAGAAUAAUAGCUCCUAUUAACCGUGUAGGGCAGCCAAUUUAUGUUUGUUUAUAGUAUACACAGUUUAUCAUAAGUAUUAUUCCUGCAAAGUCAAUUGUUUUGUUUAGCUUAACCAAUCUACAUAGCUUCAUAAUCUUUUUUGUUUCUUCCUUUAUUCUACUUAGUUAUGUGCAUAACAGCAAAAUGUUAGUUUGUCUACUGCUUUUGUCAAUGUCUUGUUUCUAGGGAUAAAGAUGUCCUCUCCUUUUUUUUAGAAUAUUAUAUAUUAUAGUGUAAUUUCAGAUUUGUAAUCCUUUCUUAUAUAGGAUACUUCGUGUCUUCAUUCCUAGCUCAAUAAUAUCUUUUAUUUCCUACUAGGAAUGCAUGUUUCUUGUAAAAGUGUAUCAGCUUGUCUAAUGAGGAGUUUCCUCUAACAGAAAGGUGACAUUCUUAUUUUAAAUAUGUAU